GCUUGUCUCCUGUUUGUCUGCAGAAAAUAUACAUAUUAAUAGCUAGAAAAGUUACUGAAAAGCAGAAAUGAGCACACCCUGUUGUGAUGUCAAAGAACUACUUACUGAUUUAUUUAUUGGCAUAGCAAAAUAUGACUUUAUUACUCACGCUCCCAUUGACUCAUUCAUGAAGGAUUACUUGAGCAGUGUUUCAGUUUUGUAAAAACACUUGAUGCUGUGCAAGAAUGACUUCCAAUACAACUCUUCUCCAUUAUGCCCACUCUGAGGUCUCAAACCACCAUGAGAACACUACAGUGGACCCUGAAGCCAUUAUAAAAGCAGUCAACAUCGUCUUCCACUCCAUCAUCAUUCUCUUCGGCACCACUGGGAACUCUGUGGUCAUCUGGGUUGCCAGCUUCCGCAUGAACCCCAGUGUUACUAAUGUGUGGUUGGUCAAUCUCGCUGUAGCUGACCUGAUCUUCUGCCUGACACGAGUCACUCCACUUAUCAGAGAUCUUUUCUUUGACCUCUGGCCUUUUGGAGAGUUUGUCUGCAAGUUCAAUGCUUUCUUCAAGUACGCCAACAUGUUCUGCAGUGUUUUCCUUCUGGCUGUCAUCAGUGUGGAUCGAGCGCUCUGCAUUUGCCGCCCAGUGUUCACCAGGAAACGACGGACGUUACGUGCAGCUCGUGUGGUCAGUGUGGGAGUUUGGAUUGUGGCCGUGAUCUUCAGUUCACCGUUCUUUGUGUACCGGCAGGUCUUCCCUGGCAAGAACAACUUCAGCCACUGCUCAAUGAAGGUCAGAAUGGCUGCACAAAUGCCUGAGUGA